GCGAUGAGGAUGUGUGAGCGCGGCGUCCAGAUGCUGAUCACCACCCUGGGCGCCUUCGCCGCCUUCAGCCUCAUGACCAUCGCGGUGGGCACCGACUACUGGCUCUACUCCCGCGGCGUCUGCAGGACCAAGUCCAGCGGCGACAACGACACCAGCCGGAAGAACGAGGAAGUCCUGACGCACUCGGGCUUGUGGCGGACCUGCUGCCUGGAAGGGACCUUCCGAGGAAUCUGCAAGCAGAUCAAUCAUUUCCCAGAAGAUGCUGAUUAUGAACAGGAUGCGGCUGAGUAUCUCUUGCGUGCUGUAAGAGCCUCCAGCAUCUUCCCCCUCCUCAGCGUGGGUCUCCUGUUCUUCGGAGGACUCUGCGUGGCGGCCAGUGAGUUUUACAAGAGCAAACUCAACGUCAUCCUGAGCGCAGGCAUCUUUUUCGUCUCCGCAGGGCUCAGCAACAUCAUUGGGAUCAUCGUUUACAUCUCGGCCAACGCGGGAGACCCCGGGCAGAGUGACUCCAAGAAGAGCUAUUCCUACGGGUGGUCCUUCUAUUUUGGUGCCCUCUCCUUCAUCAUUGCCGAGAUGGUUGGUGUCGUUGCUGUCCACAUGUACAUCGAGAAGCACCGUCAGAUCCGGGCCAAGUCUCACUCCGUGGCCCUCCUGAAGAAGUCCACCUUUGCCCGCCUGCCCACCUAUCGGUACCGAUUCCGACGGCGAUCCAGCUCCCGCUCCACAGAGCCGCGGUCGAGGGACCUGUCUCCCAUCGGCAAAGGCUUUAACACCAUCCCGUCCACUGACAUCUCCAUGUUCACUCUUUCCAGGGAUCCUUCCAAGGUGACUAUUGGGACUUUGCUGAACUCAGAGAGAGAUCACGGUUUUUUACAGAUUCACAACUCCCUCCCCAAAGAGUUCAAGGAAUCUUUGCAUAACAACCCCGCCAACAGACGAACAACUCCUGUCUGAGCCCAACCUGUCCCUGGAUGGCCUUGGAUCAGACCGCUGGAGAUGCCGUGUGUACAGAGAUGUAUCAUUGAGACUGCAUGUGUGACCCACCCUCCCCUUCAAUGGCGUAACCAGCAAAACCCUGUUUCUAAAGAGUAACCCUCGCUGUGCUCCCUGUCCACGGGCAGCCUAGAUCUGAACCGGAUGCCGUUUAGGGUGUCACAUCCUAAACUGCCAGUUGUUUGGCUGAGUGAUUGUGGCCUGGGUCUGAAUGCAUGGGGGCCCCUCAAGAACCCGUCCUCUUUGCUCGGUUGCCAAGAUGGAAUACCGGGCUUGGCCUCGUGCCAAGGGGACCUUGGGAACGAUUCUGAGGGUGACCGCUUGGAGGCCCAUCAAGAAGGUGGAAAGUGGUGCUGGGCCCCCAUGGCUCUUCCUCCCCCUGCCCUCCCCCUCCAUCACCAUGAAAACAGCCUUGGACUGUGGUCUCAAUCCAGACGUAGCAUCUGGGAACAAAUCCAAGCAUGAAAACGCGAAGCUGAGUGCUUCCGAAAGACUUGGGCGAUGCCCCCCUCCUUCCUUUCUGGAUGCCCCGAAGGAGGCAGGCUCUGGGGGUGAGGCUGUCUGUUCUUGUGUGCAUGCAUUAAACAGCCUGGAAUCCAAUUCCCUCCCACGAUGCAGGAAGAGAGGUGGCUCUGAGCUGUCUUGGUGGGCUUUGGAAGGGCUCUGUAUUCUCUUGCAUAUUCAACACUCUUUGUCAAGGUGUCAGGGGCAGAAAUGCCCUCUCCCCUCCAUUCCUGCCAAAGUUCUCCCAGCGGACGAGCAUUUAAUGUCACCCUUGGUUCAAGAAUCUGAAAAGAUGGCUCUGUAUCUAGGUAGAUGUUUUGCCACACAUCUGCUUUUUCAGGUUUAACAUUCGUGUACCGCCUAUGCCGUGGGAUGAUCUGAAGCACUUGAGAUGUUAAAAGGGAAACCAAUAAAACCCCAUUGAAUCAGU